AUGGGGGUCAAGGAUACGAGCGACGACAAGGUACCCGAACUGGAUACUUCCAAAAGGAAUGGAGGCAUUGUACUCUCCCCGCAACCGUCCGAUGACCCAAACGACCCUCUGAACUGGAGUUUGAAGUGGAAAUGCAUUCAUCUGCUCAUCCUCGCUUUCGGUUCUGCAGUCACGAACGCAACCACGACUAUGCUUACCCCAGGCUUGGAGCCUCUCACCGAAAAGAUCCAGAGCAAUGAGGGCGAUGUGUCGACAUGGCUGCUUACAGCACCAACAUUCUGGACUUCAGCCGCAGCUUUCGUCGCGGUUGCGGGAACGGACGUUUGGGGGCGAAGACCGUUCUACAUCUGGAGCGUUGUACUGCUUGCUCUAGCCAACUUCGCGGCUUACCUUUCUUCAACAUUCCCCAUGCUAGCCGUCGCUCGAACAGCUGGUGGUCUCUUCUCUGCACCUUUGUUCACCCUCCUUACCGCAACGAUCAGCGACAUUUUCUUCGUUCACCAACGAGGUCGAUCUAUCGCGGUGUGGAAUCUGAUGCUGAACUCUGGAGCUCAAGUUGGUCAAAUUAUCGCCGGUUUCGUCACCGAUCAGUUCGGCGUUUCCGCCAACUUCCUCAUCACCGCCCUCAUCUACUCAGCUCUGAUCCCCGUCUUCUACCUUACCAUCUUCGAGUCAGCCUACUUCAACCGUAAGACGGACGAUGUCACAACAAUCCACGUGCCCGCCGAUAAGCUAAGCGCAGAAUGGGACGAGGAAGAUCUAAAGGCCUCCAUUCGACCUGCGAGGCAGACAUACAACGAGAAGCUAGCACUGUCUCGCGGCCGACUCUCGGAUAAAUCGUUCUUCAAAGGCAUUAUCAAGCCCCUUGGCCUCAUCAGCUCACCCAUCGUCUUUUACAGCUGCUUUCUCAACACCACAGUAUUCCUGUUCCUGGCUGGCAUGUCCACCUUCAUGUCAAUCCUGUUGUCAUCUCCUCCAUACGAUUUGACACCCAGUCAGAUCGGUCUGACCAACUUGCCUCUAUUUGUGGUCGGUCUGCUGUCUGGACCAUUCUUCGGCUGGAUGUCUGACGCCUCGGUUGGCCUGAUGGCGCGCCACAACGGUACCACUAAAGGCAUGGUCGAGCCCGAAUUCCGCCUCGUACUCCUCUUGCUUUCGACCCCAAUCACCAUGGUCGGCUUGAUAGGUCUGGGUGCUUCUUUCCAGAACAGUCUGCCCCUAGUCUGGAUUCUCGUCUGGAUGACAGUCACCAACGUGGGUAGUGUCGCUGGCGUACAAAUUGCCAUUGCCUACGUCAUCGACUGUCACCCCGAGCAUUCUGCUCAAGCUUUCUCCUCAAUCAACAUGAUCUCGGCUGGUGCUGUCACUGUUGGUAUCACUCCGAUGAUUGGCUGGCUUGAUACUGCUGGACCUAUGGCCGUGUUCGGAACCCUAGCAUCGGCCGCUGCCAUUGUUACCGGAGCUGCACUUCCACUCUAUGUCUUCGGCAAGAAGAUUCGCGCUUGGUAUGAGAGUGCACCCUGGGCCCAGAAGCUUCUUGACUGA